CGAGACCCUCGGAACGCCCCACGCAGAGCCCCCCCGCCAGCCAGGAGAGGGGUGCACGGACCCCCCCAGGAUUGCCCCCGCCCCCCCAUUCCGGGCUCGUAGAGCGUAGCCGGAACGCCUCAGCCCGCUCGCCCAGCGUGGCCCCCCAACCCGCGUACACCCCCCUCCUCGGGUCCGAGGGGGACUCGCGAAGCACCUCGGAGCGGAGGCACGGAAUCCGAGACUCGGAGCGACCCAACCUCUCGUCUCGCUGCCCGCCCGCGCCUGGAACCGGGCGCGGAGACCCCUUCGAACUCAGAGACCGAAUAGAAGAGGACAGAAGCGGCAGGCGGCAGACGUGGCCGCGAAGCGGCGCGCCGGGGUGCAGAGCACCCGCCGCGGAGCAGGGGAAACCGCGCCUUCCCUCAAACCUCGGCUCGGACCCCGGGCGCCCGCCGCCUCCCCAGCCCCGCUUCGCCCUCGGCUCAGGGCCCGCACCCGUGAUGCCGAGCCGAGCGUCCGGCCCUCCGACCCGCUGAAGAAACAGUAGCAGCUUGCUCGGGGCCGACGGAGACUGUGCGAGCGGAUCGUGCUCGGCGGAGGCUUGGGCUGCGGAGCGCGGGGACUCCGGGGGGCGGGGGGGCGGGGAGGGACUGCUCUGUCCAUGCCCGGGCGCCAGCCACGGCUUUGAAGGGUCUCCUUGCUAGGCCCCUUAGCAGCUCCGCCACGGACUCCAGGAGGCUUCGGGAGACGUCCUGGGGCUUCCCACCCGACCCCGAUCGGACUUAAGAAGGUGAUCGCUCCGCUCUCCCUUCCUCCUUCCCGCCUCCUUCCCCCCCACUUAACUUUUUGUCUCCACUCGCCCGCAGCUCCGUCCCCUCCGCGCAAACCCACCCGCGUCUGUGCCAACUGCCGGGGCAUGGGCCCCCCAGCACGGCUCCUGGAGGCCUCGCGGCACUGCAAGAUGUGAGAGGCCCGGGUCCGGCAGAGCCAGAGCUUCGGGAGAGGAGCUGAUAGCCCCCAGCCUCCACACGCAAGCGAGGCGGCCGUGCGCACUGCGCCCCCGCGGUGCUGAGCGUCCCGGAGCGCCCAACCCUGGGCCGGAACGUUUAGCUGGCCGGAGGCGCGCCGCGGAGAGCAGGCUGUCAUGCCCUAUUGAUCCCCCCGCCCCCCGCCAAGUAUGUUUGGGCUGGACCAAUUCGAGCCCCAGAUCAACAGCAGGAACGCUGGCCAGGGCGAAAGGAACUUUAACGAGGCCGGACUAAGCAUGAAUGCCCACUUCAAGGCCCCGGCUUUCCACGCGGGGGGACCCCCUGGCCCCGUGGACCCUGCCAUGAGCGCGCUGGGCGAGCCCCCGAUCUUGAGCAUGAACAUGGAGCCUUACGGCUUCCACGCGCGUGGUCACUCGGAGUUGCACGCGGGGGGGCUGCAGGCACAGCCGGUGCACGGAUUCUUUGGAGGCCAGCAGCCACACCACGGCCACCCGGGAGGCCACCACCCCCAUCAACAUCACCCUCACUUUGGGGGCAACUUCGGCGGUCCGGACCCAGGGGCCUCAUGCCUGCACGGGGGUCGCCUACUUGGCUACGGGGGCGCCGCCGCCGGCCUGGGCAGCCAGCCGCCCUUCGCUGAGGGUUAUGACCACAUGGCGGAGAGCCAGGGGCCCGAGAGCUUUGGCCCGCAGAGACCCGGGAACCUCCCGGACUUCCACAGUUCGGGCGCCUCGGGCCAUGCGGUGCCUGCCCCAUGCUUGCCGCUGGACCAGAGCCCUAACCGAGCCGCCUCCUUUCACGGCCUGCCCGCCUCCAGCGGCUCCGAUUCCCACAGUCUGGAGCCCCGAAGGGUGGCGAACCAAGGAGCCGUCGACUCGCUGGAAUACAAUUACCCUGGCGAGGCGCCCUCAGGACAUUUCGACAUGUUUUCGCCCUCCGAUUCCGAAGGGCAGCUGCCUCAUUAUGCGGCGGGUCGCCAGGUUCCCGGGGGCUCCUUCCCCGGUGCCUCGGCCAUGCCCAGAGCUGCAGGCAUGGUGGGCUUGUCCAAAAUGCACGCCCAGCAGCAGCAGCAGCAGCAGCAACAGCAGCAGCAGCAGCAACAGCAGCAGCAGCAGCAGCAGCAGCAGCAACAGCAACAGCAGCAGCAGCAGCAGCAGCAGCACGGCGUGUUCUUCGAGAGAUUCGGCGGGGCCCGCAAGAUACCGGUGGGUUUGGAGCCGGGAGUAGGCUCCAGGCACCCGUUAAUGCAGCCUCCCCAGCAGGCCCCGCCACCCCCUCAGCAGCAGCCCCCGCAGCAGCCGCAGCAGCCGCCGCCGCCGCAGCAGCAGCAGCCGCCGCCGCCACCCGGGCUUCUGGUCCGACAAAAUUCGUGCCCGCCGGCGCUCCCGCGGCCCCAGCAGGGCGAGGCGGGCACGCCCAGCGGCGGCCUGCAGGACGGGGGCCCCAUGCUGCCCAGUCAGCACGCACAGUUCGAGUAUCCCAUCCACCGGCUGGAGAACCGGAGCAUGCACCCUUAUUCGGAGCCUGUGUUCAACAUGCAGCACCCCCCUCCCCAGCAGGCGCCCAACCAGCGGCUGCAGCAUUUCGACGCGCCCCCCUACAUGAACGUGGCCAAGAGGCCGCGCUUUGACUUCCCGGGCAGCGCGGGAGUGGACCGCUGUGCUUCGUGGAACGGCAGCAUGCCCAACGGCGCUUUGGACAACCACCUCUCGCCCUCCGCCUAUUCGGGCCUCCCCGGCGAGUUCACGCCGCCCGUGCCCGACAGCUUUCCCUCAGGGCCACCCCUGCAGCAUCCGGCCCCGGACCACCAGUCCCUGCAGCAGCAGCAACAGCAGCAGCAACAGCAGCAGCAGCAGCAACAGCAGCAGCGCCAAAACGCGGCCCUCAUGAUUAAGCAGAUGGCGUCGCGGAAUCAGCAGCAGCGGCUGCGCCAGCCGAACCUGGCUCAGCUAGGCCACCCCGGGGACGUGGGCCAGGGCGGCCUGGUACACAGUGGCCCGGUGGGCGGCUUGGCCCAGCCGAACUUUGAGCGCGAAAGCGCGGGCGCGGGGCGCCUGGGCACUUUCGAGCAGCAGGCGCCUCACUUGGCGCAGGAGAGCGCGUGGUUCCCAGGUCCGCACCCGCCGCCGGGUGACCUGCUGCCCCGCAGGCUGGGCGGCUCUGGCCUGCCGGCUGACUGCGGCCCGCACGACCCCGGCCUGGCGCCGCCCCCUCCCCCCGGCGGCUCCGGAGUGCUGUUCCGUGGCCCUCUGCAGGAGCCGCUGAGGAUGCCCGGAGAGGGCCACGUGCCCGCGCUGCCCUCCCCCGGCCUGCAGUUCGGGGGCAGCCUGGCCGGCCUGGGCCAACUGCAGUCGCCCGGGGCUGGGGUGGGACUGCCCAGCGCUCCCUCCGAGCGCAGGCCCCCGCCGCCGGAUUUCACAGCACCGGCGCUCGGGGGCCAGCCUGGCUUCCCGUUCAGCGCGGCGAACCGGCAGGCCACGCCACACAGCGGCCCGGGUGUGAACUCGCCCCCGAGCGCGGGCGGGGGCGGGGGAGGCACGGGCGGCGGCAGCGGAGGGGGCGCCUACCCGCCGCAGCCCGAUUUCCAGCCCAGCCAGCGCACCUCGGCCAGUAAGCUGGGCGCGCUGUCGCUGGGCUCCUUCAACAAGCCCAGCUCCAAGGACAACCUGUUCGGCCAGAGCUGCCUGGCCGCACUCUCCACCGCCUGCCAGAACAUGAUCGCCAGCCUCGGGGCCCCCAACCUCAACGUGACCUUCAACAAGAAGAACCCGCCCGAGGGCAAGAGGAAACUGAGCCAGAACGAGACCGACGGCGCGGCUGUGGCCGGCAACCCGGGCUCGGAUUACUUCCCGGGGGGGACCACCCCUGGGGCCCCAGGGCCUGGAGGCCCGUCGGGGACUAGUAACAGUGGCUCCAAAGCCUCGGGGCCGCCCAACCCGCCCGCCCAGGGGGACGGCACGAGCCUCUCCCCAAACUACACCCUGGAAUCAACAUCCGGGAACGACGGCAAGCCGGGCCCCGGGGGCGGCGGCCGGGGACGGGGUCGAAGAAAAAGGGACAGUGGUCACGUGAGCCCCGGGACCUUCUUCGACAAGUACUCGGCCGCGCCAGACAGCGGGGGCGCGCCUGGGGUGAGCCCAGGGCAGCAGCAGGCGCCAGGCGCAGCCGUCGGGGGAAGCUCCACGAGCGAGGCUCGCGGGGCUCCUACGCCUCACGAGAAAGCGCUCACGUCGCCGUCGUGGGGGAAGGGGGCCGAGUUGCUCCUGGGGGACCAGUCGGACCUCAUGGCUUCCCUGGACGGCGGGGCCAAGUCGGACGGGAGUUCCCCGCACGUGGGCGAGUUUGCCUCGGACGAGGUGAGCACGAGCUACGCCAACGAGGACGAGGUGUCGUCCAGCUCCGACAACCCCCCAGCCCUGGCCAAAGCGAGUAGGAGCCCCCUGGUGACAGGCUCGCCCAAACUCCCUCCCCGUGGGGUGGGCGCUGGGGAACACGGACCUAAGGCGCCCCCGCCCCCGCUCGGCCUGGGCAUCAUGUCUACCUCUACCUCCACCCCUGACAGCUACGGCGGGGGCGCGGGCCAUCCCGGCACGCCGGGCCUGGAGCAGGUCCGGACCCCCACGAGCAGCAGCGGUGCGCCACCCCCCGACGAGAUCCACCCCCUGGAGAUCCUCCAGGCGCAGAUCCAGCUACAGAGGCAGCAGUUCAGCAUCUCCGAGGACCAGCCCCUGGGGCUCAAGGGUGGCAAGAAGGGGGAGUGCGCCGUUGGGUCCUCGGGCGCGCAGAAUGGCGACAGCGAGCUGGGCAGCUGCUGCUCCGAGGCGGUCAAGAGCGCCAUGAGCACCAUCGACCUGGACUCCCUGAUGGCAGAGCACAGCGCCACCUGGUACAUGCCCGCUGACAAGGCCUUGGCGGACGGCGCGGACGACGACAAGACGCUGGCACCUUGGGAGAAGGCCAAACCCCAGAACCCCAACAGCAAAGAAGCCCAUGACCUCCCUGCAAAUAAGGCCUCAGCCACCCAGCCGGGCAACCACUUGCAGUGCCUGUCUGUCCACUGCACAGACGACGUGGGUGACACCAAGGCCCGAGCCUCCGUGCCCACCUGGCGGUCUCUGCACUCCGACAUUUCCAACAGAUUCGGGACGUUCGUGGCAGCCCUGACUUGAAUUGACAAGAAAUGCCCCUCCCCCCCCCUCCCCCCCCCCCCCCCGGGCCCUUUCCUCCCCCCACCCCCCUCUCCUCCAGCCCCGGACCCCCUCCGCCCACCCCACCCCCCUGGUAAUUUGAAAGGGCCACUAUUGCUGAGUGGAUGAUUUUUUUUUUCUAGGUUGGUACCUGCUUAGUGGCAUAUGGACCGGAAAGGGUUAAUUUAAAGGGGAAAAAAAAAAAGCCUCAAAAAAUUUUUUUAAAAAAGAAACUUGUCUGCCACAGUAUGUUACCAGUGUUAACCCUUCUGCAGUUAGCAAACUUUUGCUUCAGCCUUUUUCCUGCUAGAUAUAAUUCCCGUUUUUCUGUAAUCUUGGCAUACGUUUUUUAGAUGACCUCUUUCCUUGUUUUAUUUUCAUGCUGCUGUAUGUCCAAAGCAUUGUUAUUUCAUAAUAAGACAAGAGUUACUUUCUUUUUUAUUCUCUUUUAUUCUUGUCCCUCUCCCCCUCCCCCCCACCCCACCGCCUUUUCUUUCUUUUUUUUUUUUUUUUUUUUUCUUUUUGCUUUGUUCACUGCUUAUUAAAAUGGAAAUCCUGGAGAAUAGUAGUUCUGGAAGAUUGCCGGGUGAAAGUCAAAUUGUCAUCACGAUGUUAUAUAUUGACACCCAACUGUCAUCAGUCAGGCAGGAGCCAAACAAUUAAUGCCCCCCUUAGGUCUUCCGCCUGGGAUUUUGUUUUGUCUGUUCCCUAAGAAAAUAGAGAGAGAUAUAUUUUUUGUUCCUACAAACACACGCUCAGCCUUCAGCUCCGUUCUGUCUUCUGCUGGAAGCUGUCCUCUCUGCAACGGAGGUGAUGAUGUGUCCAGCCCGCUCAGUGGGAAGGAGUCGGAAUGUUCAACAGUGGUGUUUUUUCUCUCCUUUUCUGGGCCUCUGUGCAAACGCCCAGGCUCUGAAUUUUCAUGCUAUGCUAACCAGCCUUAGUGUGCAUGGGGGAUGGUGCCUUUCCAGCUUGCAGAGCCUCCGGGGGCUCCUGGCUCCCGCCCUGCUGCAGCCGGGCCGGGCUGGGGUGGUGGGUGCCCAAGUUAGGGGAGGAUCAGUUCUUAGCCCUUGACCUUUGCCGACAACUGUUCCCAUGCAGGCAUUGUGGGAGGAAGGAGGUGGGUUGCGUGUAUCUCCCUCACCUCUCCCAUUCUGUCCCCACCUCCCCAUCUGUGUUUUUCCCCUUCCAACCUGGGCAACCAACCUCCCAUCCCUGGGAGGAAUGGGGUGUUUGCCAGGGCAGGGAAGGAGCCCUCAGGCUCAGCCUGCCAAGCCCCCCUUCUCCGAACAUGGGUGUAUUUCUCUGCAGGGGUUUGCGGGCUCCUGCGGGUUAUAGGAAGGAAACAAUGAAUAGAACCAAUGACUUUGAUUCCUGGGCCUUUUUAUGUAAGCCCGGAAUACCCCCCACCCAUCUUUUGAUUUAACGUCACCCUGUUGCAAAACAAGAGCCAAGUGCUAUGUGCCUCACCAAGAAAUAAUCUCUCAGAGCCGAGAGGGGGGGCGGCUAGGUGAGUGGCAUCAGAGAGCGGGGCUCCUGGACCCAGUGGGGGACCCAGAACGGCAGUCAUUGGAAGCCCAGAGUUGGUGGGGCGGGCACCUUUGGGUGCUGUGGAUGCCUACGAAAGGCUUG